AGUUCUGCCUAUUGUUAGAACAGGAUUGAUCAGGAAUGUGAUAUCACAAAUAUCGCUCGCGCAAUUCGGCCUUGUGAGUGAGGAUAGUUGGUGGCUCAGCCGUGCCUGUCCUGAGGACUUUUAUAGGGGGAUUCUUCUUCCUUUAUACUCGUUCCUUUCUCUUUCACCGAGAUGACGACCUCUGUGAGUGCUACCCCAGAGCAGCAAACCCCGACGACGGUCGGCUUUAGUCGGUCUGUCUCUUCACUGUCUUCUGUUGGCAAACGAAGUUCUUCGUUGCCCACUGGUGACCUGGUGGAGGAGGUGGAGGAACAGUUCUCAUGGACAAACACCGUCUUUCGUCGAAAGCAGAUUGCCCACCCUGAUCCUGAUGCAAUCGCGACCAGACGCUCUGUUUAUGAUGAUCCUGACCUUGCACCACACUAUUGGCCCAAGAAGGACUACGAGAAUAUCCACAGAUUCGAUACAACCGCUCGUUGGACAUACAGGGAGGAAAAGGCCCUGGUCCGCAAGUUGGAUUGGAAGAUCAUGGUUACGGCAGCUAUGGGAUUUUCCGCCUUAAACUUGGACAGGAGCAACAUCAGCCAGGCAAACUCGGACUCUUUUCUGCAGGAUCUUGGGUUAACUACAGAUGACUUCAACCUCGGAAAUACCGUGUUCAGGUUGGCAUUUUUAUGCGCAGAAUUACCGUCACAGCUCGUCUCGAAGAGAAUUGGCCCGGAUCGCUGGAUACCAAUGCAAAUCUGCCUCUGGAGUGUCGUGUCUCUGUCACAAUUCUGGCUGACCGGUAGGAUCUCGUUCCUGGUCUGCCGAGCGCUUCUUGGUUACCUUGCACCUCAUCUUACAUUGCCAACUUUUUGGACAGAUUUUUACACGAAGACGGAACUACCCAUGCGCCUCGCGCUGUUCUGGAUUUCUUCGAACUUCUGUGGCAUCGUUGCUAGUUUUAUAGCAUAUGGCACGCUUCACAUGGAUGGUGUGGCUGGCGCUGCUGGAUGGCGAUGGCUGUUCAUGAUUGAGGGAAUCCUUACUCUCCUCAUAGGAUUUUUAUCUUUUUUCCGCAUGCCUCCGUCACCAACGCAAACCAAAACAUGGUUCCGGCCAAACGGUUGGUUCACGGAAAGGGAAGAAAUCAUUAUGGUCAACCGAGUACUUCGGGAUGAUCCCACUAAGGGUGACAUGCACAACCGUGAGGGCCUUUCAAUUCGUCGUCUGUGGACAGCAGUAUGUGAUUAUGACCUUUGGCCGAUUUAUAUCCUCGGCCUUUUGUUUGGCAUCCCGAACGGUCCCCCCUCAACAUAUCUCACUUUACUACUUAGGGACAUCGGAUUCAAUACAUUUGAUACCAACCUCCUUACGAUACCCUCUCAAGUUCUCGGAAUGGUCACCAUGUUUGUGAUCACGCUUGUCUCAGAGUCCGUCAAUGAGCGUUCUAUUGUGGCGAUGAUGGAGGACCUCUGGACGUUACCUUUCCUCAUUGCACUCUAUGCAAUGUCUAGCAGCCCUAACCCUUGGAUAUUUUUUGUUGUGGUGACUGGUCUGUUGUCAUAUCCAUAUACCCAUCCAAUCCAGGUGGGGUGGUGCUCUCGUAACGCAGGGGCAGUGGCGAGUCGAACAGUCAACGCAUCGUUAUACAACAUGUAUCGACGCGGCAACAGGACCCUCAUCAUCAUCUGUUGCAUCAACGUCUGUUUUCUGUACCCAGGUACAAAGGCAUAUUACAUGUGGCGCAACCGACAACGAGCUAAGAUUUGGGAUGCGAUGACGAUGCAGGAACGUGCACACUAUCUGGGCACGACCAAGGACGUUGGGAACAGAAGACUUGAUUUCCGUUUUGCGCAUUAA